AACAAACAUGCACGGAGCUCCAAGGCCCGUCGCGUGUCGUCGACUGCAGCAGGUCCCCGUUUGCGCCGUGCAUGACGCGUCUGGAUUCCGAGCUGUGCUCCAGGAAACGGUCAGCUCCGACAGGAGGAAUUUGAGGAAACAUGAAGAGCGGCUUGUUUGUUUGUUGGCUCAGCGAGAAGCUCUGCAAGCUUAGGGCUCAACUUUUGCAUCACAUGAAGCAAGAAGGAAGCUGAAAACGCUCUAUGCCAGGUCAGGUAUAAGCUCAAGCUUCUUUGAGUUGUCUGCUGACAGCUCGUGCGUUUGCGUUUCAUUCCCUUCCCUCACCCAAACCCAGCUGCAAGCGUGAGCUUCCAAUUCCAACCCCGCAUUUGCUCAAGCCAACCGCCGCCCCAACCCAACCCAAUCUUGGGCCCCUCCCGUCUUUUCCCGCACUGCCAUCUCGCGUCCGCCAUCUCCUUGGUGCUUCUCCAUUUUCCUCGUCAUCGGUCCAUCUCGCUUACCCUGUGCCUUGCCUUUUGCCGCCCGCCAGCCCGUCCAGCCUCUGCAGUCGCCGCCGCCCCCCUUUGGGCGACGACCGCCAUGGCGACCACCGAGCACUGCCUCUUCUGCUUCGAGACGCUGGCCGCCCACCUCGGGGGCCGCGAGCCGCUGUCCCUCGCCGAGGUGCAAAAGUCGUGGGCCGCCUACGCGGCCACCGCCGACGGCGCCAAGUCGGCCGCCGCCGCCGCCCCGAAGCAGAUCCCAGCCCUCCGCCGCCUGGCCGCCGCCGCCGCCGCCGUAUCUCCGUCGGGCGCGUCGUCAUCGUCGUCGGCCGGGUCUAGCACCACGUCCCUGUCGGCCGACACGGCCGCCACCACGCCCAACAACAACAGCGGCGACCAGCUGGCGGCGACAACAACAACAGAAGCAGCAUCAUCCCCACCGCCGCCGCCGCCGGCCGAGUCCCCGCUCUUCGUGACGUGGAACACGACCUCUGCGCGACACGGCCCCUCCCUGCGCGGCUGCAUCGGCACCUUCGAGGCGCAGCCGCUCGAGGAGGGCCUGUCGGCGUACGCGCUGACGGCGGCGCUGCAUGACACGCGCUUCGACCCGGUCCGGGCGCGCGAGCUGCCCUCGCUCGAGGCGGCCGUGACGCUCCUGACCGACUUCGAGGACGCGGACGACGCGGACGACUGGGAGCUCGGCACCCACGGCCUGCGCGUCAGCUUCCACCACCACGGCCGCCGCUACGGCGCCACGUACCUGCCCGACGUCGCGCCCGAGCAGGGCUGGGGCAAGGAGGAGACGGUCGUGAGCCUCAUGCGCAAGGCCGGCUGGAUGGGCCGCAAGGACAGGUGGCGCGACGUCGAGCUCAAGGUGGUGCGCUACCAGGGCCGCAAGAAGAGCGUCGGCUACGAGACGUAUAAGCGCUGGAGGGACUGGGCCGACAAGAACGAGCCUGCGCCGUGAAAGCGGGGAGGGCCGGUAAUACACCCGUAACUGAUGCGUGCAUUUCUUCAUCGCUCCAUGAUUGGCGACGCCUGCUCCCCGCUCUCCCAGCAAAUGGUGACCAGUUUUAUAAACGGGAGUCAGGCAUAUCAUGUCCCUUUGGGAGCGAUAGAAGGCAACAGUAGAUGGUUUGCCCCAUAUAACUGCACGAGUUCCGACUGUGCGUCCAUCUAAUGAGUGAGCCGGGAGAUUUGCUUGGGUUUGUUUUGCUUUUCAUCACCCUACCGGCGUACAAGGCGAACAGUGACCCCGGGGAUGCUCUAGGCAUAUCGUUCUAGGGUUUGAUAGUUAUCGAGGUUAGAAGGAGCUAGGGCUUGGGUGCUGACUGGAGGCCCUCAACGGCCUUCCUCGGAUUCACAGCAGCAACCUCACGAUUUUACAGGAGAUAUCUCGAGACUCUCGAUCGUGACAAGUGCAAAAUAUUGGAAUUACGCAGCAACGGUUCGACUGCGUUGGAGGCCGGACUACAAAGCCCACAUCCGUCACGGAAUACAUCUGCCUCCCUGCUGUCUAGUAAAUCAAGGUUCAUGAUGCUCGUGGUGAUGCAGUUGAGAUACAUCCCUCGGGGGCGUCGAGCUGGGUCCCCAGAGUACAUAGACCUUCAAUUCACUUGACUAAUCAUAUCUAAAACAGCGCUGACAUCAGUUUAAAAAAGUGCAAGCAGCAUUAUUAAACGCAGGA